AAGCAAGUUAGUCUCUACGGAGGAGGGGAGACGGCAGGAGGCAUUGCGUCGAGCAUCUCCUCAUCAUCGCCAUGGCGAAGGCUCGCCACCUUGUCCUACGCCUCGCCUUCCUCCUCUUCCUCGUAGCCUCCUCCGCCGCCGGCCAGUCUCUGUUCGGCGACUUGUUCUGGCAGAAGCCGGACUUCGAGACUAACUACGGCGGCGAGUGGAAGCUGGUGACCCCCAACGCGGGAGUGUCGGCCAUGCACCUCGCCAUCACCCGCAACAACAAGGCCAUCAUGUUCGACUCCACCAUCAUGAAUGUUCCCCCGCUCCAGCUCCCCGCCGGCCGUUGCCGCUCUGCCCCCGCCAAGAAUAAUCCCAACGCCCUCGACUGCAGCGUCCACGCCGUCGAAUUCGAUUUCGAAACCGCGAAGAGCCGCCCUCUCAGAGUGUUGACGGACACGUGGUGUUCGUCGGGGGGCUUCGACGCCGACGGCAAUCUCGUCCAAUCCGGUGGAUUUAUGGACGGAGCUCGCGCCGUGAGAUUGUACAAGUUGUGCGAUACCUGCGAUUGGGAAGAGCACCCCAAGAGUUUCUCCGUCGAUCGAUGGUACGCUACUCAGGCGACGCUACCGGACGGCGGGUUUAUUACCGUAGGCGGCCGCCACCAGUUCAGCUAUGAAUUCAUCCCCAAAGCAGGGAAAACCAACCCCAAGGCCUUCCGCCUCCAGUUCCUCGUCGACACCACUGACAACGUUGAGAACAAUCUCUACCCUUUCGUCCAUCUCUCCACCGACGGCAACCUCUUCAUCUUCGCCAACAACCGCGCCAUCCUUCUCGACUACAAGAACGACAAAGUCGUUCGCAAGUUCCCUGUUCUCGCCGGAGGCUCCCGGAACUACCCCGCCUCCGGCAUGUCCGCGCUGCUCCCCAUUGCUUCGCCGGCGGUGGGCCGCAAUGGCCCCGUCCCCGCGGAGGUCAUCGUCUGCGGCGGUAGCACCAAGGACGCCUUCUCGAAGGCAGAGAAGGGCGUGUUCCAGCCGGCGGAGGCAAGCUGCGGACGGCUGGUCAUCACCGAUCGCAACGCCAAGUGGAAGAUGGAGAAGAUGCCGAUUCCGCGCAUUAUGGGCGACAUGCUCAUCCUCCCCACCGCCGACUUGCUCAUCAUCAACGGCGCCAAGAAGGGGUGCUCCGCGUGGUGGUUCGCCCGCGAGCCGGCGCUGGAGCCGGUGCUCUACCGCCUCAGCGCGCCGAAGAAGAGAAGGUUCCAGGUGCUGGAGGGCAGCAACACGCCGCGAAUGUACCACUCCAGCAGCGCCGUGCUCCCCGACACCAGCAUCCUCGUCUCCGGCAGUAACCCCAACGACGGCUACAAGUACGCCAAGGUGAUGUUCCGGACUGAGGUGAGCGUGGAGAAGUUCUACCCGCCCUACUUCGACCCUCUGCUGGUGAUGCACCGGCCGCGGAUCGUGGAAGACUCGGUGCGCGGAAUCAGCUACGGCCAGCCGUUCGACAUGGAAUUCUCCCUCUUCGACAUGCUGGUGGUCGAGACGGACAUCAGGGUGACCCUGUACGCGCCUCCCUUCACCACGCACGGCUUCUCUAUGAACCAGAGGAUGCUGGUGCUUAACGUCGAGAACUUCUUCGUCAAUGGUAUCGGAAGGUACCGCUUGGUGGUGGCUGCGCCGCCGUCGGGUGUGUUUGCUCCCCCCGGGUACUACUUGUUGUUCGUGGUGAACCGCGGCGUGCCCAGCUAUGGCGUCUGGGUGCAGGUCAACUAAGCCGGCCGCCGGCGUCCAACAUCAAACUAACUUGUUUCAGAUGAA